CGUGAGUGUGAACGGGGGUGAUUACAAAACGUGUUAUCUAACGGGGCACUAACAUGUUGCUACCUGUCACUUGCUCCAUGUGGUGAAUGUAAACAAACACGCCGAACUCAGACCGCGCCGAAAAUGAAAUGACACUGAUACACUGACAACACAUGCAUAAUCACGUACACCCAGGCUAGCAACGAGAAAACAAACUGAUAUAUAAUUACUGAUCCAUAGCAUCUCCCAGCAUGACCACUGUGCACUGGUUCAGGAAGGGGCUCCGUCUCCAUGAUAAUCCCGCACUCCUGGCCGCUGUUAAAGAGGGUGCAGAGCUGCGGCCGGUGUUUGUGUUGGACCCGUGGUUUGUGAAGAAUGCACGAGUGGGGGUUAACAGGUGGAGGUUUCUGUCUCAAGCUUUGAGGGACUUAGACGAUAGUCUGCGGAAACUGAAAUCCAGGCUAUUUGUUGUGCGAGGCUCCCCGGAAGAAGUGUUUCCGACACUCUUCAAGAAGUGGGACGUGCAGAAGAUCACAUGGGAGAUUGACACAGAGCCAUAUGCUCAGACACGGGAUGAGAAGGUGGAGAGGCUGGCCAGGGAGUCUGGGGUGGAGGUGGUGUGUCGCCACGGCCACACACUGUACAGGACUGAAAAAAUCAUUGAGGCCAACUUUGGUAAAGCUCCCCUGACCUAUGUGUCACUAGAGAAGGUGGUUAGCAAGCUGGGUCAUCCUCCCAAGCCAGUUGACACCCUCAGCCUGCCAGACUCCUGUCACAUACAUGGGGAAGCAGCAACAGAUGUCUCCUAUGAUGUUCCCUCUCUCAAAGAGCUUGGGGUGGAUGAGAGCCAGCUGGAACCUUGUCUGUACCCUGGGGGGGAGAUGGAGGCACUAGCACGCCUAAAGAUAUACAUGGAACGAAAGAGUUGGGUGUGCAAAUUUGAGAAACCCAAAACCUCCCCUACCUCAUUACAGCCAAGCACCACAGUCCUCAGCCCGUACCUCAAGUUUGGCUGCCUGUCGCCUCGCACCAUGUACCACCAGCUCAUACAGAUUUACAAAGGCUCUGCACACACUAAGCCGCCAGUGUCUCUCCUGGGGCAGCUACUGUGGCGGGAGUUCUUCUACACUGUUGGAGCUGUGACGCCAAACUUUGACCGGAUGGAAGGGAAUGCAGUGUGCCGCCAGAUUCCCUGGGUGAGGGAUGAGAAGCUGAUGGAUGCCUGGACAAAUGCCAGGACAGGAUAUCCAUUCAUUGACGCCAUCAUGACCCAGCUGAGGAAGGAAGGCUGGAUCCACCACCUGAGUAGGCAUGCGGUGGCCUGCUUCCUCACACGUGGUGACCUGUGGCAGCCAUGGGAGGAUGGCAUGAAGGUGUUUGAGGAGCUGCUGUUGGAUGCUGACUGGUUUCUCAAUGCUGGCAACUGGAUGUGGCUCUCAGCAUCAGCGUUCUUCAACUCCUACUUCCGUGUGUACAGUCCCAUCGCUUUUGGCAAGAACACAGACAAACAUGGGGACUACAUCAGGAAGUACCUCCCACAGCUGGCCAAGUACCCAGAAAACUACAUCUAUGAGCCAUGGAAGGCACCCCUCGCCACACAGAGGGCUGCUGGCUGUAUCAUUGGACAGGACUACCCAAGGCCCAUUGUAGACCACAGUGUCAUCAUGAAGCGUAACCUUGAUCGCAUGGCCAAGGCAUACAAAGCAGGUAAGGAGAAGAAGGCAUCAUCAGACAACCAGUCGUCACCCAAGAAGAAGAUGAAGAAGUAAGUCACAUUACAAAAAGGAGGAUGUUUUCACCACAACCCGGUGACUCUGUACAUGCAUUCUCUCCACUGUUCUUCAGCUCAGGGACACAAGAAUCUCACUCUCUAUUCUCACUGAAGUAAGUUUCAUCAGCUUUAAGUCUGUGGCUGGAUUGUUAGAGGAUUAGUGUGGAACUGACAGGCUUUAUCAUUGUUGUCACACUAUGGAAGGUUCAAUGUUUGCAAGAAUGAGGUUUAGUCACGUGAUGGCAGCUUUUUUUUAUCAAGUUCCUCAGGUUUGGGUGCCUUCCGAAUAUAUUGUUGUGUAUAUUUGGCAUGUACAAGUGUUUUAUCAUUAGUAGUACUCAAAUUCCACAUGGUUUCUCGGGUUGUUGUCACAGUUUUUGUGGACAGUGUGCCUCAUUAUUUUAGGUCUCGUCAGGUUUGCCAGAAGCUCUGCAUUUGUGAAAUGUUUCACAUGCUGCAUAUCCACACUCAUUUAUGCACACACUACCAUAUUGUCAUAUGCUGGUGUGGAUCACUGGUUUAGGUCUGUAUUGAGAAAUGCUUUGCUCUCACCACAACUAUUUUCAAAGGUCACAGAGAUUAUUAACAAUUUUUUCAGUAGUGUUUCUCCUGUUAUUAAUGUAGAAAUUUUGUUAUCUGUCACUAGAACCAUAAAAACACCCUUAAAAUCCCAUGUCACUUCAACAAGAGCCUUUUUAAAAGUAGUGGAGAUGCAGCACAAAAGUGUUUCAAAAUGUGGUCCUUAAUGUCACCUUUGUUUGUGUAAUUUGUUUAGCGUUGAGUGUUGCCUUGUCAUCUUUGUGUGGGUAACUGGUUCAGUGUUGAGUGUUACUGGGUUUACAUAAAUGCUAUGGUGUUUGCUCAUGACCUCCUGUGGGUUUUGCUUCUGUAUUGAUGGUCCACCUAUGUCCUGUGACUGAGGCCAUGAGCACACCUGUCUUGCUUCUCACGGGGAGGACCCUAAACUGCUGUUAGCUUUAAAACUGAAUGGUGUUCUCAUCACUUUAACAUUCACACUGCUAUUGUUUCUUAUCUGCACCGAGACCAUUGUAAUAACUGUUUGGAUGGGUUUAUAUAAAAGAAAAAGAGAAUAUGAGGCUAAUUUAAUCUUUGCUAAGCUACAGAUGUUCAUAUCUAAGAGACUAUAAUCCAAAGAUGCAAGUCUAAAAAGUUGUACAAAUUAUGAUAGCAAAGAUUGAUUAGCAGUGAAAAGGUUAAAGUAAAGUGAAGAUCCAACAUGUAUAAUUAAGUAGUUUUUUGUAAUUUAAAGAAGUUUGGUGAAGAUGAAGCAUUCAGUACAAAAUGGCCCUAUAGUUUAAGAAAUAAGAUCUAGAUUUGAAGUUUAUUGAAUAGUUUUUGUAAUUUAACAAAUAAAAACAAUAUAGAUUUAAA